GAUGACGAAGAGUCUCUGAGAGCUGCAAAAUGGAAUGUGAAAAUGACACUGCGUUCUCAUCUUGACGCUAUUCGUGCAAUGCAGUUCCAUCCAGUCGAACCUGUAUUGAUCACAGCUGGAGAGGAUGGUACCGCAAAGUUGUGGAAUCUUGACGGAGCUAAAGAGAAAUCAGGAAGCACUUCUGAAAUCGAGCCUGUUUACACGUUCCGAGGGCACCUAGGCCCCGUUCUGUGCAUGGACCUUUCACCAACUGGCGAUCAUUUAUUCACAGGAGGCAAAGAUGGAGUAAUUUGUUGCUGGAAUGUGCCCAGCACUACUGGAGAUCCAUAUGAAGCAUAU